AUGGCACCACCUGCAUCGCCGCUGCAUCGACAUCAGUCUUCCUUGGAAGGGAUCUUAUAUUUUUCGUCGCAGCCUCCUCUAGAUCCAAGCCACCGCGACUGUGCUAAGCGCCGCUUUGACCAAAUUAUCAACCACUUUGAAGAAGACGAAGGUUCUAGAGCAGGUCGAGACAAGUAUGACCGCGUCAAACUCGUCAGCUUAACGUAUGAGCACUCGACGAAUGAAACCUCUAAAGAUAGACUUCUGGCUGCCUUCUUCGCGUUUGCAGGACUGCUAAUAGCAACAGAUGAAGAAAUCAACUUUGACGACCUAACCCGUAGAGACGAGCUUUGA